CUGUUUAAGCAAAAAGACAAACAACUGAACAAACUCGCAUAUAAAGUCCAGCAAAGAGCGCGGACGAUGCGAAAUUAGACCGUCCCGAAAGUGGCCAGCAUACCGCGGCGAAACGGGGAGCCUCGAGAGCCACAAUGGAUGUGCUGCACAGUGCCGGAGUCAGGGUGGCCCAGCACCUCCAAAGCGGCUUUAACGAAUACGAGGACUGGUUUAUGUUCGCAUCCAACGUCGCCGACCUCCACACACCUUAUUUCGUCUUCUUUCCUAUCUGGUUCCAUCUGCAGAGUAAAGUUGGGGUCAAACUCGUUUGGGUGGCGGUCAUAGGGGACUGGCUGAACCUCGUCUUGAAAUGGGUCCUGUUUGGUGAGCGGCCGUACUGGUGGGUUCAUGAGACCGAAUUUUAUGGGUCUUUUCAGCGCCCUGUCCUCAAGCAGUUCCCUGUCACAUGUGAGACUGGACCAGGAAGCCCCUCCGGUCAUGCCAUGGGGUCUGCUGGGGUCUGGUAUGUGAUGAUCAGCGCCAUUCUCACAUUGGCUUCCCAGAGGAAUCACUCCACUCUUCAGACUGGAUGUCUACGGGUGCUGCUUUGGUCUUUGUUCUGUGCCAUUGAGCUCCUGGUCUGUAUGGCUCGGGUGUAUUUGGCAGCUCACUUCCCACAUCAGGUCAUUGCUGGAGUGAUUUCAGGCAUUCUGGUGGCAGAAUUGUUUGACAAAAUCCAGUGGAUCUAUGGUGCCAGCCUCAAGAAGUACGUCAUCACCACUGUCUUCCUCUUCAGUUUUGCUCUGGGUUUCUACCUUCUCCUUAAGGUCGUAGGAGUGGACCUUCUGUGGACACUGGAGAAAGCCAAGAGGUGGUGUGUGCGGCCUGACUGGGUCCACAUGGACACCACCCCAUUUGCCAGCCUGCUGCGCAACCUGGGCACGCUCUUUGGCCUGGGUCUGGCGCUCUCCAUCAAUGCUCCGCUCUAUCAGGCCAGCUACAGAGGAAAAUGGGUCCAUGGUACCCCCUUCAGGCUGGGCUGUAUAGUGGUGUCUCUGUUGGCUUUGCGUUUGCUGGACCUGGUACCAAUUCCCGAGGAACAGGAGCUCCUGCUUUAUGCCCUUUCCUUCUGUAAGAGUGCAGCGGUGCCCCUAAUGGUGGUAUGGGUUGUCCCUGGUUGUCUAUCACAGCUUUUCACUGUUAAGAAAAAGAAGGCACAGUGGUGACCAGUAAGUGGACAAAGGGACAUUUUAAGCAUUGAAUGGAGACAAUAUGGUGUUGACUUGAAUGCCUUAAAACUGUGAGAUUCAGCUGCCAGUGUGACCCAUGGAAUGCAAAGUGCUUGUCAGAGGAGCUGGUGGGGUUUUGGAAGGGGGCAGGAGGUUAAUGGAGUUGUGGGGUCAAGCUUAAAACAUGGACAAUGAAACCAAGCAGUCAUUAAAAUCCUCCAGUGAGUGCCUCUCUGCUCUGGUUUUGCCUGCCCUGUGGACCCUGUGCUUGGGCAGGGUGGAAGGUACCAAUCACAUGACCCAGAAAAUAAUAAAAUCCACUUGGGACAGUCAUGUGUCAUAUGAAGAACAUCCAUCCACUGUCAGGAGGGUUACUAGGGUGGAGCAGCAGCCUGGCAUAGGGCAGGGAAGAUCUGUGGAGGGAACAGCAGUGAUAUGAAGGUGGCUGCAGGCCUGUACUGUCCAUGAUGACAACCCCCCCCCCCUCCCCCCAUCCCAACACCAAUUUUUCAAAUUUCUGCUCAACACCCCAGCAUAAUAAGCCUGCAUAUUCACAUAGAGUACAGUAUAGCUGAAUUAUAGAAGGGGACUAGAAGGAAAAAAGCCAUGUUUACAUAUAGAAACCCAUUAUUAAUGACAGAUUUUCUACACUUAGUAGCUGAGGAGUUUUAUCGUUUUCUUUGAUGUUAAACCAAAUUGAAAAUUCAUUUAUAAAAUUUGUAAUGUUUAUAUAUAGUACUAUACUUCUGAUUUUCAUCUUGUAACAGUUUUAAAGAGCCUUCUCAAUAUCAGGAAUUAAGACAGGGUCUGAUGUUAAGGUGCCUGCUGGCCUGACACACAAUAAGGGGUAAUGACAUUUAAACAUCAGACCACCUUACGAUUCUCUGUAACUGUAAAGGAAGGGAAAAAGGAAACAGUUUAAUCAUUUGGUGUUUGGCUUUUCUUCUGUUAUUUUGCAUUUAGAAAAACAUGCAGUAGUGUGUGAUUUGCAUAUGCAAGAAUCUUAAAUGUAUUUGUGUUUUAGCUACAGCUUUAAAUUCUUAAUUACACACUCUUAAAAA